AUGCAGGCUAUCAGUAGUGUCAUUUUUAUUUCGGUUAUCGUAACAUCUGUUACAAGCUAUCCAGGAUACUGGAGUAGUACAAAUCUUAAUCCUGUUCACAGUCUCUACGUCAAGCCUUCCAGUGAUGGGUCAAAAGGAGACCUAUUCGUUGCAGCAUCAGAAGACAGUGGUGUUAAGUCUCAGUGGAUGGUUGACCAGCCCAUCAAUUUUCUGCCUAUUGCAGCUGCUACUCAACCACAAGCAACUACGUUACCUGUAACUUGUCCAUUUACAACACAUAACGAUGAAACUUCAACACAUAAGCGCGCCGUGAUGCCUAAUCCAGUCUCAAGUCCCCAAAUUCAAUAUGCCUACGCAUUACCUGUCUCGUCUACUGAAAAUAAUCCUUUGUCAUCCUAUCCAUAUGUAUAUCCGGUACCCUUUAACCCAGAAAACCCAGCUUCGAAAUGCGAGCCAAGCUCAACUGCUCCACAUUAUCCUUUCCCAUCUCCCUUUCAAUUCUUUUAUCCACAAAUGAUGUCUGCUUAUUCUAAUGCGAUGACUAUUUUGAAGGAUGCAGGACUUAGUGACGAUGCGGCCAACUCCGUCAUGGCGCACCACGCUUCACCAAUGUGGGGUUCUUCACCGUAUGCCUAUCCUAUGUAUCUAAUGGUAAAUCCAGGUUCAUGGUAUCAAAACCAAGAUAGCAACGCAACAACUUCGCCGCCCUCGUCAUCACCAAGUACGAAAGAAGAGGAAGUUUCUGAAUCUUAA